AUGACUUCAUCUUUCUAUCUCAAUCUUUCGAAAGACCUUUCAUUAAUCUUAGAUGAUGCCGAUGAAUAUAAUGUUAUUAUUAAAGUUGGUGAAAACGAAAAUACAAAAGAAUUUCGUGCACAUUCAGUAAUUUUACGUGCUCGUUCUCCUUAUUUUAAAGGAGCUCUUUCAUCUUAUUGGGUUACAAAAAAGGAUGACAUGAUUAUGUUCAAUAAGCCAAAUAUCAAACCAGAUAUUUUCAACAUGAUUUUAAGGUAUAUUUAUACGGGUGAACUUAAUUUGACAGAACAACUGAGUGAGGAUAUACUUAGACUUUUAAUUGCAUCUGAUGAGCUUCUUCUUGAAGAAUUGGUUAAAUUUUUACAAGAAUACUUAAUCGAACAAAGAAAAAAUUGGGUUCAUGAAAAUUUUGUUUUUGUCCUUAAUACUGUAUGUAGCCUAACAAGUUGCAAGAUUUUACAAGAUCAUUGUUUUGAAACCAUUUGUUUUGAUCCAGAGUUAUUACUCGCUUCAGAUAGCUUUCUCAAACUAGACAAAGAUAUUCUUUAUGACCUGCUUGAGCGAGAUGACUUAUUGAUUCAAGAAAUUGUUGUUUGGGAUCAUUUAAUUAAAUGGGGUAUUGAACAAACUCCUGGUUUGGGAAGUUUGAAUUGUGACAGAAACAAAUGGAAUAAUGAGGAUUAUGGAGCAUUAAAGGAAACGUUGAAUGAAUUUAUUCCUCUCAUUCGAUUUACGGAAAUUUCUCUUGAUGAUUUUAAUUAUAAAAUCAAAACAUAUAAAGAUAUUAUUCCUAAUCAAAUUUAUGAAGAAAUUGAAAGAUUUUAUUACAAAAUUACCAAAGAUACUUUACCAACAAUAUUUAAUAUAUCACCUAGAAUAGGAAAACUUGAUUCAAAAAUUAUUAAACCUAAACUUGCAAAGAUAAUUAUUAAUUGGAUUGAUAAAAAAGAUUCCUUUACCUUACGUUAUAAAUUUAAUCUUAUUUAUCGUGGUAGUAUUGAUGGUAUUAGUACCGAAUCAUUUAAAAAUAAAUGUAAAGGUCAAGUAGAAAGUUUAGUUUUAGUUAAAGUUAAGCAAAUAAAUAAAAUCUUUGGCGGAUACAGUUCUAUUGGGUUUAAUUCGAUUGGAGAUAGUCUUUUACGUGUUUAUAAUGGUAAUCUACGAUUUUAUCAUUCAUCAGAUAACUUUGUUUUUUCAUUUGAAAACGAUGAAGAUACUCAAGAUAUGAAAAUAAGUCGUGUGAAAAAUCAUAAUAAGGCUAUAUACGAUUAUCACACCACUGGAUUUGAUUUCGGUUUUAAUUCAUUGUUUAUGUAUCAUGAUCAAUGUUUAUAUGCUAAUAAUGAUGACUUUAAUUAUGAAAGUAAUAUAAAUACAAAUGUAAUUCAUGAUAUUGAAGAAAUUGAAACAUUUAUUGUAACUAAACAAUAA